GGACGGGACGGACGUCAGCGUGGACCUGCCGAAAAAAGCCAAAGGCCAGCUGCUGUUUGAACAGAUCAUGUAUCAUCUGGACCUUAUAGAAAGCGACUACUUUGGAUUAAGGUUCAUGGAUUCUGCACAAGUGGCGCAUUGGCUGGACAACACAAAAAGCAUUAAAAAGCAAGUUAAAAUUGGCCCACCGUAUUGUCUGCAUUUUCGUGUAAAGUUUUACUCAUCAGAGCCCAAUAAUCUACGUGAAGAGCUAACAAGGUAUUUAUUUGUUCUGCAGCUGAAACUGGAUAUUCUUAGUGGAAAAUUGGAAUGUCCUUUUGACACAGCCGUCCAGUUGGCAGCUUAUAACAUGCAAGCUGAACUUGGAGACUAUGAUCCUGCUGAACAUGUCCCUGAACUGGUGUCUGAGUUCAGGUUUGUUCCCACUCAGACUGAAGAGAUGGAACUAGCUGUUUUUGAGAAGUGGAAGGAAUGCAGGGGACAAACUCCAGCGCAGGCUGAAACUAACUACUUAAACAAAGCUAAGUGGCUGGAAAUGUAUGGUGUAGACAUGCACAUAGUCAAGGCAAGAGAUGGCAAUGAUUACAGCCUGGGACUGACACCUACAGGAGUUCUUGUCUUUGAAGGAGACACAAAGAUUGGUUUGUUUUUCUGGCCAAAGAUAACAAGGCUUGACUUCAAGAAAAACAAACUCACUCUGGUUGUUGUUGAAGAUGAUGAACAGGGAAAGGAGCAGGAGCACACUUUUGUCUUUAGACUGGAUCAUCCCAAAGCCUGCAAACACUUGUGGAAAUGUGCAGUGGAACAUCAUGCCUUCUUCCGGCUCCGAGGUCCUGUCCAAAAGAGCUCAAGUCGAUCAGGCUUCAUCCGGUUGGGGUCUCGGUUCCGAUACAGUGGGAAAACAGAAUAUCAAACCACCAAGACCAACAAAGCCAGGAGAUCAGCAUCCUUUGAAAGACGGCCCAGCAAGAGAUAUUCAAGACGAACCCUACAAAUGAAAGCACACACUGCUAAACUGGAAGAAACGAGUACUGCAAACAAUGCUGUUAUCAGCCAAACUAAUGGAUCACAAAACUGGAAUGCAAAACCAAACCUACCUGUCGUAACAGCGGUUCCUUCCACCCCAGUCUUAGUGGAAAUAGAAAACCUCCCAAGGAGCCCAGGAGCCAGCCAGCAAGACAAGAAGUGCAUCCCUCUUGUUGAUUUGCUAGACAGCACAGAGCUGCCAGAAACUUGUGUUGAUGAUGCCGUAGGCCGUCCGGUUGUUGGCUUGGCAACAGGAGAUUCAGAAGAGGCUCUUAGUUGCCCUCAUCCUGGCACGAAGGAAACUGCUGCUGAAAAAGCAGACUCUGAUCCAUUUGAAGACACAUUCCUAAAACUGAAACAGCUGGAGACAGAGCGCAGCAGCCCUGUGCCAACUGAGCGUCCCAACGUAAACAUAAACAUACAGGAUGAAGUGGUGAAGUUGACAGAUAAAUGUCUUAACAAUGCAAUCGAGAGCCCAAUUGUAGCAGCAAAGUGGCUUCCAGCAGAUCUCAAAAGCAAUAUCCUGAAGGCCCAGGCAGAAGCAGGUCACAAGGUUAUAAAAGAUGACAGCAUGACAGGUGUCAAGAAUUCUAAUAUUCAGGAUGCUGCUGCCAGGAACAUUCUCCUGUCAGGCAAAUCACAGCAUAGCCCCCCAGCAACCAGUCCAGUAUUUCAAGACCCGAGAGAGCUGCUGAAAGCAAUCCCUGCUUCAAACACCUUUGUUCCUAAUGCAUUGAAUGAGGACAAUGCUGCCUCUAACCACGAGGACCUGCUAAUUCCAGCUAAUCUGGCUCCGGCUGAGGAGGCUGCUGUUUCAAAGAGCACUCCAGAUGACCAGGACGUUUCCUUAACAUCACUGACAGAGAAUCUAAUUGACUUUACAGAAGCCACACCUCGGGUGUCUUCCCAGCCCAUCGUAACACCGAGGUGGUUAGUGCCAACGGGACUGAUUUCCAAUGGACCUUUGGGAAAUGAUUUUGCCUUAUCCAUGAAGGCAGCGAAAGGCAGCACAGAGACUCUGCUGUCAGCUGGAUUGACACCAUCCCAGCAGACAGCCGAAGUCCUUGCGAGCCCAGUUACUGAAGAUGCUACAGUAAGAACAAAAUGUUUACUCACCACUGAACUCUAGAAGAAGGAGUUUCUGAACUUCUCACCUUGUAAAAACUCAAAUCUUCUAAUACGUCUCCAAGGGAUCCUUCCAAAAGACUUGCUUGGGAUCAAACUCAUGUUGAAUGGGAGUCAAACAACCAUCUGGUUUGCUAGGAUCCAGGAAGAGACUCCUAUGUUUAUUGCAAUCUAACUGGAAUUUCAGUCUAAACCGGGAUGUAAAACCACAUACACGUUUGAUCUUCUCCCUUGGGAGGAGCAAAAUGUCCCACUGGACCUAGUUCUGAACUGAGGAACAGAAAACAGUUGUGUUCUGCUCAUGCUGGGUUUAUUGUUACUUACCCUGUGGAAGGCUCUCACUGUGAUGUGGGGUGUGGUGUGAGCUCGGUGACCGCUGUAGAGUGAUUAAUAUCGCAGAGAUUAAGAGAACUCAUAGGGCCACCUCGUGGCCAUGCUCUGUACAGGGACUCACAGUGGUGACUGUUUCAUAUGGCCAAGGACAUGUUCUUCUGUGUGAUUAUUCCCUCUGUUCUUCCUUCAUUUUAACAACACAUACUCUCCUUUUUGGCCUUAAACACCUUAAUAAUCCUUGCACCCCUUGUUACAGUCCGUGGAAAGCAUGAAAAUCUAGUCCAUCAGUGACCAGCUACAUUGACUGGAUUUGAGCUGCUGCUCAUUGCAACCAGGAAAAUGAAAAUUGACCUGCCAAACAGCUUAUAGCAUUAGCAGACUACAGCAGAGGUCUCACAUUUGGCACUGAUUAUUUAAUUUCCUAUAUGACUCAAAUACAUCUGUUCUAGGCUAGAGAUGUGUAUGUUUUAAAUGCCAAAUCAGGGAAUGUAUAAGUACAGCUUGCUUCAGGAACUGCUUAUUGAUUAGUUUUGUUGUCUUGUAGGACUAGAAAGGAAAAGAAUUUCUUUGUUUCUCUUCAUACUAUUUCUGAGUGUUUUUUCCAGAUGCUGUGCUUCAGGAAUACUUGCCAGGUAUUUUUGCGGCAUGAGGGUACAACUAGAUCGGUUCUUAACGCCACCUUGAAUCCUGUUUCAAGUGUCAUCUAAUAGUUUUAUGUGGAACAAAGAAUAGAAAGAAUAGGGUGAAAACGGGAAAAAAAGAUGAAAAAUUCCCGUAAGCAGUUCACGUCUCGCUAGAAGGAAGGUAAGAGCACACACUCCACAGAGCUGGCAAAGGCCUUUUGGUGCUCAGGUGAAGUAGAGGGUACAGUUGAAAGAGAUCAUUUGAGCCCUGGGCAGCAAUAUCCUCACAUGGACAUGGAGAGGUGAGCACAUGGACCCUGGGGAUACAGCCUCUGAAAGAGGUCAAUGCAGAGUCAGAGGGGAGGAGAAAUAAAGAUGAUGAUGAAUUCCACAUCUAACAGGGAAGCACAGAUGAAACAACUGGGAUCUUUCUUAGGAAGACGUUUGUACAUAUGACUGUGGUUGGAGGAUGUUUUCUGCAUAGUGCUGCUGUUUAUAAAUAUUUAUAUGCAGGUGGUUCUUAGAAACAAACUUAAAUGUGAAAGUUGAUUCUGGAACCUGUAUGCACAACUUCAUUUCUGCCCACUGGCUGCGGGCAUGUGUCUCAAUAUAAACAAAGAUUUGGACCAAACCACUAUGGAUUGUGCAAGUAAGCUGGUGCCCAGUGAGGCUGCUUUGUUCAGACCAAGGCAUUCUUGCUGCUGUUGCUCUUGUGCUCUUCUUUGCAAGAUGCUGAGAGUGUUAAGGGAGAAGCCACCUGGAUUUUGUGUGGCCCUCUGCCACUCCUCAAAACCCCCGAGGCCUUAAUAGAGAAGUGUAGGAACCAGAGAAAGCGCUUAGGACUGACAUACCAGAGUGACUCUCUGCAGACAAUGAUUUGUAGCCAUUGCCUCAAGAAUCAGAAGUCAGAAUGGGUGGCAGGUGCUGCAGGUUCCCCUCCAGUCAGCACCUGAAGCACUGCAUGGGCAGGUCCCCGCUCUGCCAGAGGGGAGCCCCUGUUCUGGACCAGGCAGGCGCAGGGUUCCUGCUCACCAGCCCUUCAGUUCUGUCAUUGCUACUUCCAGUUUAUAUUGGCUUUUCUUACACUUUUAAGUCUGAGCCUUACUGCUUAUUAAAAUGUAGAAGAUUCACGAUUCAAAUAUCAAAUGUCAUAGUCUGGAUUAAUAAUGCAGUUGCCAGCAAAGUUCCUGCAGGAAAAGGGAAGCUAUGGCUGCAACAGUCUGCUUCCUGCACAAAGCCAGGACUGUGUGGGGAAACUUGGCACUAGCUGUUGAUCUGUUUGCUCAGCAGCUGAGCUGGCAUUCACCAGCUACAUGUGUUGGGUUUGUAAAUAGACAGAAUGAAGUAGCAUUUUCUUAGGCAUGUUUGAUAUUUGACUCUUCCCAUUGGGUUCAGGAGCUCUGUGAACUGUCAGCUUGAAUUCCUCCCAAAAGUGGAAUAACAGAAGUUUACAGUUUUACAGCACUGCGUGUUGAAUACCAGCCUUGGAUUCCUCCCAGGCAAUCACAUACAGCAAAUAACAAGUAAAUAACGUGUGGUGAGUGUGUCCCCCUAAAAUCUAAAUGGUACCAAGUAGCCAACUGUUAUUUCAGCAUGGUUGGGAUAGUGGUGAUUGGAGGGGAAUGUUGUAAUUACACAUAUUCAUUCACACACAAAUUUCAAAGGGUGAGGCUUUCCUCAAUUUUCAGAGGACUCAUAUUUGAAAAUUUUUACUUAGAAAUUCAAAAAUUGUAACUGUUAAUUUGGGAACCUGCAAUUUCUAAUAGAUUUGCAACUAACUCUUUUCAGUGAUAUCUGAUUAUACUCAGAGCAAAUAUUCACUCCAUUUAAGUCAAUGUAGCUUACUUAGCUAACCCAAAUCAUUGCUUCUAUAGGAAGCCUGGCAAGACCAAGGUCACAGGUUUGUGAUCUGAACAUCCUGCAGUUUGGCAUCACUGUUAUGCUUUGAAACUAGAGGUAUUGUGUUGUAUCAUGACUAGCUAGCAGGUAAUACAGCAUUGCUCAGCACCUGCAUUUUAUCAGACACAAAUAGGGAUAAUUGUUCCUAUAGUUAGUGCUAUAAAAUAUUAAUUAAUGCUUUUAUACUACUGAGAAAAAAGGAUUUUCUUACCAUUGCUAUACUAUUGAUUGAUUGGCUAUAGGGUCCAAGCAUUCUCUUAAAGUUUAUUUUUUGGUAUUUAUUUAAAGAGAUUUAUAAAUAAAACUUUUGUGUGAAUCUGGUAUCAGGAUGUUGGCAGGUCUGCCAACCACUUAAAAGCUCUAAGAGUUGACAGGAAUGAAUUAAUGCAUGUUAAAUGAUUGGAUCUAAAAGUGAUUUUACUCCAGUCACACUCUAUAAGUGAUUGGAGUGAAAGGUUUUAUAAAAUCUUAACAUUUAUAGUAACAACACCCCAGCCCACAUCUCAAACUAAUUAAUCUUGGGGAGAUGCAUUUCAGUCUCACCCAUUUAGUCCAUCAGUCUGUGUGUGUUUCCAGGCUUUUGAGUGUUAAAAUGUGGGAGUUCAGGCCUUCUUACACUGGAAGUAAGGGAAUAUCUUCAUUGAUUCAGUGGUAAAGGCAUUUAAUAUCAGGUAUGUUAUAUGACAUAAAAUAUCUACUUACCUGGUAAUCAGUUAUGGCUAAUGAAUUAGCUGGAAUGUGUUUGGCUUAAAUUCCACUCAUACUUUGUCAAAGACAGACAGCUGUGUAAGAGCUAUGUUUUGGGCAAUUUUUUGGGCACGCAACUUUGGCAAGAAAAUUUGCAGCCCUGUUAGAGGAGCUCAGGUGAACAGUCCAACUAUGUUUGGGUCUCUCUCUACAAACUGUUUCCAGUCCUUGCCUGCUCUGCCUUUGUCUGCACCCUGCUCAUUCUCGUUUCAUGAAGCAGAGAAGUACUGUUAGGAGGAGCAUAUCUUUCACAAGCAGCACUGGAUGUAUUUUUCACAUUGUGAACAUGUUCUGGUACACCCCAAAUCUACUGGUGAAGUGUUAGCACCUCUGUUUCAUGGCCAGCUAGCAUUUAAAGCUCUAUCUAGGCACAUAGAGUGUUUAUUAGUUUAAAAAGUUGUAGUGUGUGUAUAUAUAUAUACAUAUAUAUAUGUAUAUAUAUAGCUGUUGGACAUGGUAACAUCACUGCUUUGAAAUGCAGCUGGACAAUCAUAACUUUUAAACCAAAAAAUAGAAACAAUCCAUGCUAAUGGCCUUUCAGUGAUGCAUGUGUUUGGUCUGGGUGUUGGCAUUGCAGAUGUGAGUUCAGGGCCCUCCCCACGGUGCCCUCACGGAGGCGGAGCCAGGGGGAUCCCGCUGGGUGCUGCAGUGGCCCCAGUGCUCAGGGGGUUGAUCCAGGUGGUCAGCACAGCCUGGUGAAAGCCAGUGAGGGGGGGGCACUGCCUCUGCAGCACUGCUGGACCCCUGCAGCAGGGAGCUGCAAGAUUCUCCUACAAAACUCACCUCCUUUUGACUGCUUGGCUUGAGCACUCUGUUUCACGAACACACCUCCUCACCACCACCUAUAACUGGACAAACUUAUUUUUAAAGUAUGUAAGAAUGAAUAUUUUUUUAGCUAGAUAUUUUUUGUUAAAGCCACACUAACUACUGUAUUUUUACCUUUUAUAUGUAAAGCUUGGCAAUAGCUCUCAAUGUAUAAUUUAUUUGUUGGGUUUUUUAUAAAACGAAGUGCACCCUCUUGCUUCUGUUUCACAACACUGGUGAUGUAUGAACUGUCUUAGGCACUGCACUGAGAACUGUAUUGAAACUGUACAUGGGAACAAGUAGAUUUGUAGUCCACUGAACCCAGUCUUCAAAUGUUUAUACUGUAGUUUUGUCUUAAAUAUACCACAUCAGUGCAAAA